AAAGUUAGACAUUGAUGAGAACUGAAAAACCAUGAAACUGAAGCGAAUGAAUAGGGGUUGCUCCUUUAAUCAAUAGGGAUAGGGAACUAAUCCUGGUAUUAUUAAAUUUAAACACAAGAAGAUGGAUUACAAGCUGCAAAUAUUUGGGAUCAAAUCCCACCUUGAACAGAUGCAAUCACUAGAUGACAGGGCCACGCAUGAGGUUGAUGACAACCUGGGAAGGGAUGCUCGACAUUCUGUUAAUGCUGUGGAUCGACAACAAGCAUUUUCUGUUAGUUUGCCAGAUGGUGGUAGAGGGAUAGGCGUGUACAAAAGUAUAAAAACUGUAGUUCUGUCAAAGAAAUUCAACUUGCUGAUCCCCUUUGGGCCUCUAGCAAUCGUCGUCCAGAAAACGACUGGUCAGAAUGGUUGGGUCUUUAUUCUUGGCUUAUUGGGUAUAAUGCCUUUGGCUGAGCGUUUAGGUUAUACUACAGAGCAGUUGGCUUUUUACAGUGGACCUACAGUCGGUGGUCUUCUAAAUGCUACAUUCGGGAAUGCAACAGAGCUGAUUAUAUCAAUCUAUGCACUGAGAACUGGAAAGAUACGUGUUGUUCAGCUGUCAUUGCUUGGCUCACUUCUGUCAAACCUGUUGUUUGUUCUGGGAUGUGCAUUCUUCUUUGGUGGGAUUGUUAGAAAGGAGCAGGUUUUCAGCAAGCCAACAGCUGUUGUCAAUUCAGGACUGCUGUUGAUGGCGGUCAUGGGCCUACUGUUCCCAGCAUUCCUCCACAGCACACACACUGAAGUGCAUUUGGGGAUCUCAGAGUUGGCUCUCUCAAGAUUUAGUAGUUGCGUCAUGCUUCCAGCCUAUAUUGCCUAUAUCGUUUUCCAGUUAAAGAAUCUAAAUGAUCUGGAAGAAGGUCAGAACGGAGACUUAGAUGAUGAUGAAGAAGCCCCAGAGAUCUCUAAAUGGGAAUCAGCGAUCUGGCUUGCAAUUAUGGCAGCUGCGAUCUCUAUCCUUUCAGAGUAUCUGGUUGAUGCCAUAGAGGGAGCAUCCCUUGCUUGGGGUGUACCAGUCGCUUUUAUUACUGUUAUCUUGCUUCCUAUAGGUGGGAACACAGCAGCAGUUACAACCUCAGUCAUGUUUGCCAUGAAAAACAAACUUGAUGUGUCUUUGGGAGUAGCAAUAGGGUCAUCAACGCAGAUUUCCAUGUUUUUGAUUCCCUUUUUAGUGGUUAUCGGAUGGAUAUUUGAGCGCCCGGUGGACUUAAACUUUCAACUUUUCGAGACAGCAACUCUGGUCAUGACUGUUCUAUUUGUAGCCUUCUUGAUGCAGGAAGGAACUGCCAAUUACUUCAAGGGACUAAUGCUUCUUUUCAGCUAUCUGAUAGUGUCUGCAAGUUACUUUGUACAUGAAGACCCUUCCUCCUGAUAAUGAGCAAUGUGGUAUUACUUAGGAGUAGAAUUCUAAACCGACAAGAAGAAAGAAGUGAUGAAUUAUUAUGCAACUAUCAUUCAUCGCACAUGUUAGCUAGCCUAACGAGUAGUACAACUCUCUACGGGAGCUGAGGUCUAUUCUCUCUUCUCUCAGAUUUCUCCUGAUGUAUAUGGAAAAUCUUAUCUAUAUACAGGAAUGUAAGAAAAAUCUUCUAUCUUUAAUGUAUGUAAUUUAAGAUAGGUCGAUCAGAAUUCACAAUGAAGUAAUAAUGAAAUUAAAGCAAUAUUAUCUGAAUAUUUUAGAUAUCUUUUUGACCCCCAACACAUAAUGAAUCCAA